AUGAAUUCCAUCAUGUUUCGUAAGGAUAGUGACGUGGGAUUUUGGGAGACGUAUUUCAGAUCUCUUGGUGGAAAAUUUCAAGAACAAAGUGUAGAAGAAGGACAGAGUAUGACUCCAAUGGAUGUGACGUCACCACAAGGCGCCGGAACUGGAGUAAUGGAAGACGACAGGCCAUUAAAUAUGACAAAUAAAUCACCUGAACCUGAUAUGAAAACUGAAGAUAAAGGUCAUCCAGAAAGAAAGAGACGAGCCAGUAACGAAAGUGAAGAUAGUGUAGUGACAAAGGCUAGCGAAGGUGGAACUGGUGAUGAAGUACAGGGAGGUAAAGAUGAUGAUGACGAAGACGAAAAUGAAGAAGAUGAAAAAUUAUCCAAAAAUUAUGAUCCAGAAAGAUUGAAAGCUUUCAAUAUGUUUUGCCGAUUGUUCGUAGAUGAAAAUCUCGAUAGAACAGUUCCUAUUUCCAAACAACCAAAAGAUAAAGUACAGGCAAUAUUAGAGGCUUGUGAUAGACAGUUUCCGGAAUUCCAUGUGCGAUCUCGGAAGCGAAUCAGAACUUACUUGAAAUCGUGUCGACGUAUGAGGAGAACAAAAGAACAGAAUGGUUGGGAACCGCUUCGACCAACACCACCCCAUCUGACGUCUGCAGCUGCCGAGAGUAUGUUGGCCCAGGCAUGUGACAAUGAAAGCGCUAAUGCUAAGAGGAUGCGAAUGGGCAUGGAACCAUUGCCAGCAAGAUCGAUGAAUGUGGCCUCAGUAACACCAACAACAAAUACUGCCGUCACUCCACCUCAGACUACACAAUCGCCCAAAUCAAACAGUAACACCAAUGGUAACAGUGGUAACUCAAAUAGCCAAGCACAAUCCCAAAUUGAUCGUCACGUGCCUGCCAGUAAUGACUUCAUACGUCAGGCACCACCACCGGCCUUCAGAGCUGCUCCCGAAUUCCCUUCACCCUUCUUCGCCAAUGGCAAUGGUUUGUUUCGACCUGGAUUUCCUGGUUAUCAGCACCCAGCUCACCAACAUCAUACUGUCUUACAGCACCCUGUUCUACAAUCUAGCACUGUUCAAAAUGGUGAAUUUGGCCCAACGGAUUUAAGCAUGAAGAAACAAAACAGCAAGGGACAGCUUAGUGGUACAGAAGUUUCCACCAUCAAACAGUUGAUUUCCGGUUAUAGAGAAUCUGCCGCCUUUUUAUACAGAUCAGCAGACGAACUGGAACAACUCCUGCUCCAUCAAAAUUAG